GCCGGCCGCCUGACGCAGCCGAGGCUCCGCCCCCGGCGUGACGCUAGCGUCAGGCCAGUCCCGGCAUGCUUCGCGGCCGCCCGCGGUCUAGCGCACCGAGGCAUCUUCCCGAGAGCGGCCGUGCCUCCGCGUCUCUGCACUGCGCACCGGGUCCGGCCGCCCCGUCGCCCCCGCCGCCCGCCCGUGCGUCCGAGCGGCCGCAGCCCUCCGCCGAGGGCGCCCCGGGACGGAAGGGUCCAGCAGCCUGCCGGCGCCCGCCGCGCUCGUGGUCGCCGUCGCCGUGGUCGUCGUGGUCGUGUCCGCCGUCGCCUGGGCCAUGGCCAAUUACAUCCACGUCCCGCCCGGCUCGCCCGAGGUGCCGAAGCUGGACGUGACGGUGCAGGACCAGGAGGAGCAGCGCUGCCGCGACGGCGCCCUGAGCCUGCUGCGGCACCUGCGGCCGCACUGGGACCCCCGGGAGGUGACCCUGCAGCUCUUUACAGAUGGGAUCACAAACAAGCUCAUUGCCUGCUAUGUGGGCGACACCAUGGAAGAUGUAGUUCUGGUGAGGAUUUACGGCAACAAGACUGAACUGUUGGUUGACCGAGAUGAAGAAGUAAAAAGUUUCCGUGUGCUGCAGGCUCAUGGCUGUGCCCCUCAGCUCUACUGUACCUUUAAUAACGGACUGUGCUAUGAGUUUAUCCAGGGCGAAGCUUUGGACCCGCAGCAUGUCUGCAACCCAGCCAUUUUCAGGCUAAUAGCUCGUCAGCUUGCUAAAAUCCAUGCUAUUCAUGCGCACAAUGGCUGGAUCCCCAAAUCUAACCUAUGGCUAAAGAUGGGAAAAUACUUCUCUCUCAUUCCUACAGGAUUUGCUGAUGAAGACAUUAAUAAAAGGUUUCUAAGUGAGAUCCCAAGCCCUCAGCUUCUUCAAGAGGAGAUGGCUUGGAUGAAGGAGGUUCUGUCAAGCCUGGGCUCACCUGUGGUACUUUGCCAUAAUGACCUGUUGUGUAAGAAUAUAAUCUACAACGAGAAACAAGGUGACGUACAGUUCAUUGAUUAUGAGUACUCUGGAUACAACUACCUGGCAUAUGACAUUGGAAACCAUUUCAAUGAAUUUGCAGGUGUCAGCGAUGUAGACUAUAGUCUCUAUCCAGAUAGAGAACUCCAGAGCCAGUGGCUGCGCUCUUACCUGGAAGCCUACAAGGAGUAUAAGGGCUUUGGCAGUGACGUCACUGAGAAGGAAGUAGAGACACUCUUCAUUCAAGUCAAUCAGUUUGCAUUGGCUUCUCAUUUCUUUUGGGGACUCUGGGCUUUGAUACAAGCUAAGUACUCCACGAUCGAGUUCGACUUCCUUGGGUAUGCGAUUGUCCGUUUUAACCAGUACUUUAAAAUGAAGCCUGAGGUCACAGCACUGAAAAUGCCUGAGUAAAGAAGAGGCCUCACUGUUCUCCAGGAGCCGAGCGAUGCUUGUGGAUGUUUCUGAGAAAUUCCAAAAGCCAAUAUUUGUUAAAACUCAUUUAAUUUGGUUAUCUUGCUUUAAAAAUUAUGCCUCUAAACAACCAACCUAUUUUUAAAUAGAAUGAUGUUGAGAAUAUGCUUACUGCUGUCAGUAUGUGGCGGGCUAAAGAUUUGACCAUCAGCAGAGAGAGUAAAGAGUUGGACUUUAGUCUGUGGCAGUACAGCCAUGUUACAUGUGAAUUAUUUAUUACAGAUUUGACAUGACUGACUACUUUGAUCUUUCAUUUGUUGGUUCAGUGUAUGCAAUGAGAAUAUUGUGGAAAUCUUUAAAAGGUUUUGUUGAUAGAUUUAAUUUCAGAAAAACAUUCUUGUUGUUCAGUGUAAUCUUUGUAAAAUGAAUCAUUUACUCUCAGCCUUGGCAGUCACUGCCUCGUAGUAACUUAGGAUAUUCUAGGGCAGUGCCCAUUGAGGAAGUAGCAAGGCGUUUACUGUCUCCUGGGGUAUACUUCUUGAAUUGGAAAUUGGAAGUCAUUUCUUUUUGGGGAGUACAACUUAGAGUUAAAUUGUCUCUACAUAGCCUGACAAUAUAAAAUAUAUUUACUGUAUAAGCCUGGAAUAUAACAAUUUAAUGUUAAAAUCUGUUAUUAAGUCAUGUUUUCAAAUACUAGAUACAGUCAUUUAAGGUAAUCGUCCCAAUUUUUAGAAUUUACCUAUCAAAUUGUUUCUAACCAAAAGUUUUGUUUUAUUUGAGAUACUGUUUUUGUUCAUUAAAUAAUAGCCGGUAUUGUUAGUAUUUGAAACAGACAUACAGAGUUCAUCAUAUUUGGAAGCAAGGAAUGUCAUUUAGAUGCUUUCUAUUCACAUUCAUUCCUUAAGUUGGUUUUGUGUCUAUAGAGUCAGCAAAUGAUUAAUUAUAUGUGUAAUUCCAGAGUAGUGUUGUUGAAGCAGUUACAGAAUCUGUGAGAAGCAUUUAGCUAGGUCAUUGAGCUUGAGCACUUAGCAGUCUAACAAAUAAGGAAAUGUGAAUUAGACAGUAGUUGUGGUAGGAGGACUUGUUUUGAUUUAUCUUGGUUUUGUCAGUCUAGUUUUUAUUUUGUGUAGGUGUAGGAGGGAGGCAACUAUUUCAUGAAAGGAAGUUAGGUCUUUGAGGUAGACAAGAAGGCUUUAAUCUUUGAAGCCUGCUCUGUAGGCUGGAGCAGUCAGGGGUAACUCCUUAGAUUAGUGAGACAGGCUUUGCACUUUGGUCACAUAAGUGCUUAUGUACAAAGUUGGCUCCAUGGAUCUGCAUGUUUAAAGUAUGCACUACAGAUCUAUUCUGAGAUUGUCUGGUGUUCCACAUGACUUAUGUUCUCAGCCAAGUGAGUGCUUUAAAAUACUGGGAUUAUCUCAAGGUGUUCAAACCUAAUAAAGUAGAAACAGGCCAUUUGAGAUGGUAAAUUCUAGCCACAUACAUAGACCCUUAAAUACAUGUCUCUAACAGUGUUAGACCUGGAUUCGGUUUCUACCUCCCCAAUGCUGUGCUGUUGUGAUGUUCAUGUUUGUUUUUUAUGAACCACGUUACUGUAAGAUCAUUACAAUUCUGCUGACUUCCUUGAAUGGAAACAAAUGACAAGCUUGUUACAAUGUUAAAGCAAACCUGCAAAAAAAAAAAAAAAAAAAAAACUGGCUUAGUGGAAUUUUCAUUCAUGGUUGGAACAUUAUCAUAGGGUGAUAACAAUGUGAGCCUCCUAAUUCUUUGCUUUCCUCCUUAAAAUCCAAGAGUAUGUGUCAUGUGGAGCCCGGAGGAGGAAGACAGUGUUUGCUAGUCUGUUCCUGUUGUUGAGCGUGCUGUGAGUGGAGGCUCUCUGUGCGGCUGCUGCUGCUGCUCCUGCUACGGCUGGUGCUGGUGGACUGCAAAGCAGCCAGCAGAAAUGUGACAGAUUCCUGUGGCAGUGAGUGCAAUACAACGAGGCUUCCUUGUUCACUCGUGGAGAGAGACUAGCACAUGGAAGCUCUUGCCCCCAUUCCUUGGCCAACUUUGGGUGCUCUGAUGCACCUGCUUCUCAUACAGCUUUUGAGGAUCAUGGUGUAGACUAUCAGCAGGAUUCAAAAUGUCUUUCUUUGUACUGACCAUGUAAGGGAUUCUAAAGAGGGUAUAUGGGGACUGUUCUGAAGAGCAUCCCUCUAAAAUGUGUCCUGUGGCUUGCUAGAUAUCAGUUGCCUUCUUUUGUUCAGCUAAGGAACUUGAAUGCCUUACCUAAACACUCAGCUGGUAGUAAGUUCAUUUUGUAAAUGUGAAAGUGGAUGUUAGAAGUGGCAUUCAUGGAUGUUCAAUGUAAUAAUCAAUAGACCGUAGUGGCCUGGAUGCUUUAACAAGCAAAAUUGUACAUUUCUGCCCUCCACCCCAUCCUGUCUCCCUGGCACACUGUAUGAUCUUCAACCUGCCCAGUGAAAUUGAUGCCCUUCCUCUCCCUCUGUGCUACCGACCGUUUCUGGAAAUGAGAUGUGGUAGCCACGUCUUGCUGUUGACACGAUCUGCCUGAGAUCAACAUGAGCACAAACCUCAUAACUAGGUCUGCUUGGAGUGUAAAUAGGACUGUGUAAAUAAGCCGCUGUAAGUGCUGUGAGUGCUGUCUUGCUACAGAACGUGUAGUUUUGCAUUUUCCUUUGUAGAGGUUUUUCUGUCACUAAGUGACCCAGCCUGUUGUCAUUAGGCUGGGAACAGUGCGGUAAGAUAGCAGGAACUGGAAGGAAGGAAGGUUUAAUGGUUAGUUAAUGUUGGGAUUUAUUUAUUUAGCCUCUCAGUGCCUAUUAAGACUUUUCUCCAUUUUUUUACUUGGCUAUUAAUUUUUUUGUAGGUUAGAUUCUGGGAAGCAGUACAUUUGUAGAGCUCAUCUUUGAGUCACAAUUUGAAACUAAAGGAAACUAAAAAUAGAAUUUGUUUGUAAACUGAAGUGUGGUCCCCUUUUCUAUUUUCAGAGUUUGUUGACACUUUCUACAAAAACUUGAAGUUCAAUGUGAAUGUAAGUCUCAUCCAUACAGGACAUAGGGCAACAUCUCUUAAGUAUGUCAGGCACCUUCUCUGGAGUGGGUCAGUAUGGGCCAACUAGUUUUCCUUCCCUGAUCCCCAAAUGUUUAUUUUAACUUUGUAUUGCUAACAAUACAUUUAGACUUAAAAGAAGAAUUUCCCCAAACACUCUAAAAAAAAGUUAGAAUCUUUGAAAAGUGCUCGCUUGUUUCUGUGUUCUGCAUACGCCCCUGUACCUCUUGGUGGCCUCACUGGCUGGCUUAUAAAGGGCAAUAGUGUCAGGUGGGUUUUUAGUUUUUUCUCUCUGCCUUGCUUAUAAGCAUCUAUACUGCAUUCCAGAGUACUGCAGAUGUAGUGAUUCCCUGUUAACUGUCACCAGUGCUUCGUCCUGGGCUUAUCCUCAGUGUGCUACCUCACAGGGAAGGUGCGUGCAGGUGGAGAGCCUCCUGAGAGGGGCUCUGGCUCUGUCAGAUGGUCGGCUGGCCUUUACUGUGAAGCUGAGCCACAUCUUCUGGCCUGUUCCUGUUCUGAGAAGCAUAGUAGAAGGUAGUGAGAUGCUUUCCCCCACAGUGACAGCAGUGUUCGGUCUUGGGUUUGAUAAAUGCUAUCAGCUGCUCCAGACAAAACAUCCCCAUUUAUGGAAUUUCAGUCUAUAUUUCUAUAAAUGAAAAUACUGGAGGUUUUAGAUUACUUUGAAUUUUUGAAGGCUAAAUUCAGUGACACUUUACAAAAUGAGUUAGAUUUGUUUUAACAGUUUUUAUGCUAAAAAUUUUCAUUUUUGGCUCAAUUUGACAUGGAAAGAAACCCCAAAAUAUUUGGAUUAGAAACAAAUAAUGAUGCUUGAUUGAUAAGCACUUUAACUCCUAUGUUGGUGGCAGCUUCUCUCCUGGACUGUACACUAUGGAACCACCAACAUAUCUUUGUCCAUUGUGCAUUGUGUGGUGUAUGUACUUGCAAAAAUACUCUUGAAAAUAGUUAUAAUUUUAUCUUUUGGUUGUCUUACCCUUGAUGGUCCUUUAGAUCCCAUUAUUAAGUUUUAAUAAAACACUAGAUAGUUUCAGAACUGAAAACACCACAUUGUCUUUUGACUAGUUUGUGAAAGUGGAGCAGGAAAGCCUGUCCGAUUGGAAUUACAGGCUUCCUAGCCUGAAAUUCUGAGAGCUAGGUUGAAACCCAAUGACACCUGCAGAGUGGCGGAGUGCAGGGAGGCCCUGUUCUCCACGCCUGCACUGUGGCGUGCUGCUGUUUGUUGUAGGUAGCGACAUACUGAGUGUUCCUUGUUAGUAAUCUGAAGUCGUCCUCUGUAUGUACAUGUACUAAAGUGACUGUAAACUAAUGGAAUCCGUAAGAACUUUUCUGUAUUUAGGAGCUUUUGUACAGCAAGGUCACAUGUCCUGAUUGAAAGAAGACAUGGUAUUACCCAUAUGCAAGGGAAAAAGCUGAAAUGAGGAGCUGUCAUUGCGUUAGCUGUCUGUGGACUUGGGAAGCUGUGGCAUAGGAUCUUCAAUGUGUUUCUCAAAUGUGAAUUGUAGUCUGAUGCUGCUUUGUAUAGACUAAGUGCUUUGGACAGUCUCAGCACUGAACAUGGAUCGAUACCUCGCAGGUGAGCGCAGCCUUUGUCCUAUGUUUCCCUGCUCCUCAGCAAGUGGCUGAGCGCUGGACAGCUUGCUUAUCUGUUUGCUAGUGGACAUACUUCCUGCUUUUUCCUUUGUUGUUACAUAUUUUUAUGUUUGAAGUUUAAUUUUUACUACUGUUAAUUUAAGUAAAAUCUGUUCCAUGUAUAAAAUGGUAUUGCCAGUGAAAAUCCACAGCCUCAUCCCUGCAGCUACUGAAGUGAGGUCCAUUUGCGUUCUGUGUUCAUGAACUUGCAAUGAAGCCGUAUUUCUUUUAAGAUAAAGUGCGGCUUAGGCUUUAUUUCUGUUUAAUAAGGCUUUCUACCAUUGAUUAAAUGAAGGAAUGUAUCUUUUUGAAGAGAUUUAUAUUCUGUAAAUAAACAUUGGUUGUAACAAUAAAGUUGAGUUCUAACUACAA